AUGCGCGCGUCUAGUCUCGUCGAUCAUACUCUGUUUGGCCCGGACGUUGGACCUCGAAAGCGUGAGCGUGUGGCUAGGAUCGACUCUGGCUCGACCACACGUAGCGGCAGCACGCCUACCUCUCCAAGUGGCUAUGACGGCGUUGUCAAGCAGGCCGAUAAGCUGGAGCUGCCGGUGCGAGUGCAGGUCAAACCAACAUCUUCCAACCAAGUCCAUCCUGUGCACCCGCUUGUGAGGCGCUGGCAGGCCCUGUGCAGACGCCCGGAAGGGAUUUGGCAGCCGUCAGUCCUACAAAUCAAGCCCAUUGCUGGUAUCAUGGCGCUGUGCGUCACCAUAAGCUGCGCCUGUGCAGCGCUGAUGGUCUUAAUCAUAUCGGACGGUGAACCGAUCGAGUCUUGGCCCGUUCAACCCACCGUCUACCUGGCCAUUGCAUCUGCUUUGGCCAAUAGCAGUCUCGCACUUGCUCGCAUGGAAGCUAUCCCCAUCUCUUGGUGGUUCUCCGCAUCCCGCGGACGUACGAUCGGCUCGCUCGAACGCCAGUAG